UUAUUCGAUAAGGGUUACACAAAGGUGUCGACACAAUCCAGCUGAUUCCUCUUUCAAACGCAACUCCCAUGUUUCUAAUUUCUUCAAGAUAUGUUGACAUUUCUCGUCUUCUCUCUUUCUCUCUCUAAAUCUACACAAUUUUGUAUCGAUGUACACAGUUUCUAUCUCUCUGUGCCUUUAUUCCUUCAUCUUUUGACGAAAACAAUCAUCAUCCCAUGUCAUGUACUUGGAACUCGUCAGCCCUAUUAUUUGAUUCCAUUCCUCUCUGUGUGUGUGUAUAUAUAUGUAUGCAUGCCGCUCUUCACACAUAUCCAGGUGUUUAGAGAUUCGUGCUCCUGCUUCGAGAUUUUGCCGAAUUGAACGGGGCGAAUUAAAACUAGAGAGAUUUUGAGUUGUUUCCAAUAUGUCAUUUCUAGAGGAUCUGUUGCCGGUGCUUUGGUUGGGGAAUUUUGGAGGGAGAAUUCAGGGUUAUUCUGACUCUUUUGUGCAGAACGUUUCCGAAUCAAUGUCAAACAUUACGUGUGGGACCAGCGGCGAAGAAUACGAGACGUGCCGCGACGAGUCGUCCGCCCUCAUCCUCAAACUUGUUGCGAUUUCGGCAAUUCUCGUAGCAGGAGUCUGCGGUGUGUCCAUCCCGUUAGUCGGCAAGAAACACCGUUUCCUACGAACAGAUUCCAACCUCUUUGUAGUCGCCAAAGCCUUUGCCGCCGGGGUCAUCCUCGCCACGGGAUUUGUACACAUCCUACCUGAUGCCACGUCAGCGCUCACGGACUCUUGCCUGCCCAAAUUCCCGUGGUCCAAAUUCCCCUUUUCGGGGUUCAUUGCGAUGAUGGCUGCUUUAGCCACUCUUCUGGCGGAUUUUGUAGGAACUCAGUACUACGAGAGGAAACAUGAGAAACAAGGUCAAUCUGUUGUUGUUAAUGACGAUGAGUCAUCGGAUAGUUUGUCCGAAACGGGGAUUGUUCCUGUGGGAACGAAGGGUAAUAGUGGGAAUGAAGAAGAAGGGGGUGGUAUGCAUAUAGUGGGAAUGCAUGCGCAUGCAGCAUAUCAUACUCAUAGUCAUGAUCAAGAACAGGGUGUGCGUGAAGGGUUUUAUCCAGGGAGGGAUUCUCCGCAUGGUCACUCGCACGGGAUUGACACUGGUGAUGAUGAAAGUGGUGUUAGGCACGUUGUUGUUUCACAGGUUCUUGAACUUGGGAUAGUUUCACACUCUGUGAUCAUAGGACUGUCUCUCGGAGUUUCGCAUAGCCCGUGUACAAUUAGACCCUUAAUCGGGGCUUUAUCAUUUCAUCAAUUCUUCGAGGGUUUUGCACUGGGUGGCUGCAUCUCUCAGGCUAAGUUUGGGACCCUUCAAUCGACAAUAAUGGCUUGCUUUUUUGCCUUGACUACACCAAUGGGUAUUGCUUUGGGAAUUGGUAUUGCUUCGGUUUACAAUGCUAAUAGCCCACGUGCUCUAAUAAUCGAGGGCGUUUUGGACUCUAUUUCAGCUGGGAUUUUGGUGUACAUGGCUUUGGUCGAUUUAAUUGCAGCCGAUUUCUUGAGUAAGAGAAUGAGUUCCAAUGUGAGGCUCCAAAUUGUGUCUUAUGUAGCUCUGUUUUUUGGUGCUGCUUUGAUGUCUUUACUUGCUGUAUGGGCUUGAUUCAUAACUGUGUUGGAAUUAAAAAUAAAAAUAGAAAGAAAAAAAAAUUGAAUUUUUCGGUUCUUUAAUUUUUUUUAAAGGUUAGAGUAUUCCUUGCCUUUCCUUUUGUUGUAUUCUGAGUGAAGCGAAUGGUCUGAGUCAUGACCAUUUUUUUUCUUUUUUUUUUUUUGAAAUCUGUACUAUUAAUUGGUUGUAUUUUAAUCUGUGUAACUAUUCUUAAGUGCUACUGCUGCACAUUGCCUCCAUUAAUUUAAUCUUUGGCUUUUGGUGUAA